AUGCAGACGCACGCAAACGCUUAACCAUCCCUAAGUGUUUCCUUGACGGAACAGAAACGCGCAUUCCCAUCCAUCCACCUGCAACAGGGGAAAAUAGAAUUGGACAUCGCUACUCAUCAGAAUAGAUCAAAACAGUUCGGUGCUUGUUUUUUCUGAAACAUAUCCAACCUGCGUUCUGUGAUUUCUUUUUUCUCAUCUGGUUGAAUUUCCUCUGAAAUGGAAUUGAGAUGGAGUUCCACGGUGAUGUGUUGUUUUCUCGCCAUCCUCUCCUCCGUGGUUCCACGCUCCGUGGGGUCGUCUUUGAUGGACAGACAGUAUCUGAACGAGUGGGCCGUGGAGAUCCCGGGUGGCCUGGAUGCCGCCGAGGAGAUCGCCCGGGAGCUCGACUACCAACUGGUCCGACAGAUUGGGGCCCUGAAUGACCAUUUCUUGUUCAGGCAUCGCAAACAUCCCUCCAGAAUGAAGCGAAGUGCCACGCACAUCACCAGGCAGCUAUCGGAGGAUGAUCGGGUGUUGUGGGCCGAGCAGCAGUACGAGAAACGUCGCGGCAAGCGAGCAUCCAUCGGCCAGUGCAGGGACUGCCCGGCGGACAAGCUGUUUGAUGAUCCCAUGUGGAACCAGCAGUGGUACCUGCAAGACACACGCACGUCGUCGUCCCUGCCCAAGCUGGACCUGCAUGUCAUCCCGGUGUGGCAGAAGGGCAUCACGGGCAAAGGGGUAGUCAUCACCGUUCUGGAUGACGGACUGGAGUGGAACCACACAGACAUCUCCGGCAACUACGAUGCAGCAGCCAGCUUUGACUUCAAUGACAAUGACCCUGACCCGUUCCCCAGAUAUGACACCACCAAUGAAAACAAGCAUGGAACCAGGUGUGCCGGUGAGAUCGCCAUGCAAGCGGACAACAAUAAAUGUGGUGUUGGGGUGGCCUUCAAUUCCAAAGUUGGAGGUAUUCGUAUGCUGGAUGGGAUUGUGACGGACGCCAUUGAGGCCAGCUCUAUCGGCUUCAGACCUGAUCACGUGGACAUCUACAGUGCUAGCUGGGGGCCCAAUGAUGAUGGCAAAACCGUUGAAGGGCCAGGUCGCCUGGCUCAAAAAGCCUUUGAAUACGGCAUCCAGAAGGGCCGAGGCGGCAAGGGCUCAAUCUUUGUUUGGGCAUCAGGUAACGGAGGCCGCCAAGGGGAUAACUGUGACUGUGAUGGCUACACAGACAGCAUCUACACUGUGUCAAUCAGCAGCGCCUCCCAGCAGGGCUUGUCCCCAUGGUACGCUGAAAAGUGUUCCUCCACUUUGGCAACAGCGUAUAGCAGUGGAGACUACACCGACCAGAGGAUUACUAGCGCCGAUCUACACAAUGAGUGCACUCAGACUCACACGGGAACGUCAGCCUCCGCCCCUCUAGCUGCUGGAAUAUUUGCCCUUGCACUGGAGCAAAAUCCAGAUCUGACCUGGAGAGACCUACAGCACAUUGUCGUCUGGACGUCAGAGUUUGAUCCCUUGGCUAAUAAUCCAGGUUGGAAGAAAAAUGGAGCGGAACUGAUGGUCAACAGUCGCUUUGGUUUUGGGCUUCUCAAUGCCAAAGCCUUGGUUGACCUCGCUGACCCUGCGACAUGGAAGCACGUGCCGGAAAAAAAGCAAUGCAUUGUGAGGGACGACUCUUUCCAGCCCAGGGAUUUGAAAUCAGCAGGAGAGACAACCAUAGAGAUUCCAACUAAAGCCUGUGCAGGACAGCAGGAGUACACCAUCACGUCACUGGAACAUGUGCAGGUGGAGGUCAGCAUCGAAUACACCAGGAGAGGGGAUCUGCACAUCACGCUGACUUCGCCAGCUGGCACCACCACGGUGCUGCUAGCUGAGCGCGAGCGUGAUACGUCCUCCAAUGGUUUUAGAAACUGGUAUUUCAUGUCUGUCCACACAUGGGGUGAAGAUCCCUCCGGUACUUGGACCCUCAAGAUAACUGACAAUUCGGGCCGUAUAGAGAACAAGGGUCGUAUUUUGAGCUGGAAGUUGAUUCUCCACGGAACAUCCGAGAAGCCGGAGCACAUGAAAAAGCCUCGAGUGUACAUUGCCUACAAUGCUGUGCAGAAUGACCGGCGUGGUGUGGAACAUAUGGAUGACAUGAUGGAGGAAGACCCCACUCAGGCCCGUCCGCCUACGAAGACUAAAACGCAAGCCUUAGCUCCUUCUGGCGCCGAAAAGAAAUCCCAAAAGCCAGCAACAACUCCCUACUCCCCCACACAGGCCUUGCUGCGUCUCCUGCAGACAGCCUUCAACAGGCAAAGCCUCAGCAUCCAGCAGCCCCAAACAACCUGGGGGAGGCAGCAGCCUGGAAGGAUGUCCUCCCUCCUGGCAACAAGAACCCCCCCAGAAAAGUUGUACCAAGCUUUGGACAUGAUCAAUAAGUUCAGGGGCCCAGGCCACAAUGUCUUCAGUGACUAUAGUGAUGGCUUCUACAGCAGCAAGCCGUACAGGCAUCGAGAUGACCGCCUGCUGCAGGCCCUGUUUCAGAUGUUAGAUGAUGACCAGAAAUGAGAGAGAGAAAGAGAAGGAGAGAGAUUUGUGUUGGUUGGGAAGCAGAGGAACGUGGCAAAAUAACGAAAGGAGGAAAAAAAAUUGUGAAUACAACAAAAAAGACCUCAAAGGUCUUUUAUUCCGUUCUGCGUUGUCCCCCAAAUGCUGCAUAUCCUAUAAUGUCCUUACUUUCAUUUCAUUCACUUUGGGCACUGAUUCAGUUGGUCCAUUCAUCGUAAUCCAAGCAUGAAACUGCAGAUCUCUUUGGUCUGCAGUGAAAAUAUCUACAAAAAUAUCUUAACUUUCUUUUGCAUUUUUAAUUUAUUUUUUUAAAAGUACAAUGCUGCAUUAAAUGAAAUAUUUUUCUAAGGAUCCUCAUAUUUUAUGAAAAUAAUAUACUAUCAAACCCCGACAUAGUUUAUUCUUUCACUUGAUUUUUGCAACUUCAGCAUGGAUCGAAUAGGAGCACUGCCGAAUGGUUUUCAAGCUUUUGUGUAUUUCAGUGAUGUUUGUUUUGUGUCCAUAAAUUAUCAAAUAUAGCUUUAAAGUAGUGCAAUAUUGAUUGUGUCCAUGAGUUAUCAAAUAUAUCUUUAAAGUAGAACAGUAUUGAUUAAGUGUUGGCACUACUCUGGUACUACUGUACCUAUUUUACAAGACAGGAUAGCCAUCUUCACACAGUCACAACUUUUAAGUCAGCUUUUUCAAGUUAGUUUGUCCCGAGUGAGCUUUAAUCUAUUUAUUAUUAUUAUUUAUUUAUUUAUUUGGUUGUCCCUAUACUUCCAUGUGAAACUGCCAGCCCCGCUUCUCUGCCAACCAGAUGGAAGGACAAGGAUAAUGUUUGGGCCAAAUGCUGCACUGUAAAUUAUCUUUAGCGUAGCCUAAAUUUUGCUCUUUUAUGUUUGUUUUGGCUAAUGCUACCGUUCGGAAUUGUUUGCACAAACCAUUAUUAUGUUGCAAUUUCUGUAAUGGAUGUACAUAAAUAAGAGACUUAUUGUAAACUGCAAAUCGACCUCC